CGCACGUCCGGGGCGGUGGGGGAGGAAGAUGGCGGCGCCCAUGGAGGUGGCCGUGUGUACAGACUCGUCCGCCCAGCUGUGGAGCUGCGUUGUGUGGGAGCUGCACUCGGGCGCCAACCUGCUCACGUACCGCGGCGGCCAGGCUGGGCCCCGCGGCCUGGCGCUGCUCAAUGGCGAGUACCUGCUGGCGGCGCAGCUGGGCAAGAACUACAUCAGCGCCUGGGAGCUGCAGCGGAAGGACCAGCUCCAGCAGAAGAUCAUGUGCCCCGGGCCUGUCACCUGUCUAACCACGUCGCCCAACGGCCUCUAUGUGCUGGCGGGCAUUGCAGAAAGCACAUACCUGUGGGAGGUCUCCACGGGGAACCUCCUUGUCAUCCUGAGCCGUCACUAUCAGGAUGUCUCCUGCCUGCGGUUCACAGGAGACAGCAGCUACUUCCUCUCGGGGGGCAAGGACUGCCUGGUGCUGGUGUGGAGCCUGUGCAGUGUGCUGCAGGUGGACCCCUCCAGGACCCCGGUCCCCCGGCACAUCUGGUCCCGCCAUACCCUCCCCAUCACAGACUUGCACUGCGGCUUUGGGGGGCCCCUGGCCCGGGUCGCCACUGCCUCACUGGACCAGACAGUGAAGCUGUGGGAGAUCUCCUCUGGCGAGUUGCUGCUCUCAGUGCUUUUUGACGUGAGCGUCAUGGCUGUAACCAUGGACCUGGCUGAGCAUCACAUGUUCUGUGGGGGCAGCGAUGGCUCCAUCUUCCAGGUUGACCUCUGCACCUGGCCUGGGCAGAGAGAGAAAAGCUUCCAGCCGGAACAGGACAGCGGGAAGGUCUUCAAAGGCCACAGGAACCAGGUGACCUGCCUGUCUGUGUCCACUGACGGCAGUGUGCUGCUCUCUGGCUCACAUGAUGAGACUGUGCGCCUCUGGGACGUCCAGAGCAAGCAGUGCAUCAGGACGAUGACCUUCAAAGGCCCGGUAACCAACGCCUCCAUCAUGCUGGCCCCGCUCAGCAUGCUAAGCUCCGACUUCAGGCCCAGCCUGCCCCUGCCGCACUUCAACAAGCACCUGCUGGGUGCCGAGCAUGGGGACGAGCAGCACCGUGGGGCCCUCGCCCUGCGCCUGGGCCUCCACCAGCAGGGCUCAGAGCCCAGCUACUUGGAGCGGUUGGACCAACUGCAUGCGGUGAUGUGCAGCACGAUGGAAAAGAGCGUGCUGGGUGGCCAGGACCAGCUGCGGAUUCGUGUGACAGAGCUGGAGGAUGAGGUGCGGAAUUUGCGCAAGAUCAACCGAGAUCUCUUCGAUUUCUCCACCCGCAUCAUCACCCGGCCAGCCAAGCCACGACGGAGGGCUCGGAGGUCAGCCAGCCCACCACGCUCCUUGCAGACAACACGUGGCCGUGAGGGCGCAGCCCGCUGACUUCAUCCCUGUCCUGCCUGAAAUCACCAUGUGGCCUCAGAUGAGCCGUGUUUGGCUCUGAGACUCAGUUUCUUUAUCUCUAAAAGGGGGUGUCCCCCGUCCUGGGCCUGCAAGGAGCUUUGGGGAGCUUGUGCCUAGCUGACGUGCGACACAAGCAGCGCACAGGAAGUGGUGCUCUUAGCACUCUGGUCUAGAAGAGUUGUAUGUGCUGCUUUGUACAAUUUAGCCCCAAAUACUGGGCGUCACUGCCAGAGGGGAGAUGCUGACAGUCCCUGAUCCUCACGGGACUACUGUGUGCUGGCAAUUUCUGUGUAAACCACAAUGAGAUGGCACCUCACACCUGCAAAGAAAACAAGUGUCAGAGGAGGUGAAGAAAGUGGACCCUCACACACAGCUGGUUGGCAGCCACUGUGACAUAGUCUGGCAGUUCUUCAAAAAAUGAAACAAUCGCCAUGUGACCCAGCAGUCUCACUUCUGGGUGGGUGGACACCCAAAAGGACAAAGCAGGGACUUAAAGAUUACACACCUGUGUUCACAGCAGUGUAUGCACAACAGCCAAAAUGUGGGAGCAAGCCAAUUGUCCACCCAUGGGUGGACGGAUAAACUUGGUUCAUCCAGACCGUCUUGAAAAGGAAGGACGUUCUGACACCUGCUGUACCGUGGAUGGACCUUGAGGGCAUGCUCAGUGAGAAGCCAGACACAGAAGGCCAUUGUUUGUCGAUUGACCAUCUGAGUCUCUGCUGGGGGUGGGAUGAGGGUGAGGACCCUACCCAGGACGGGUCCCUUUUUCUGAGGGCUCAUGUCAUGUACCCCAGGGUGGGAUGAGGCCAACGUGGUCCCUGAGGACAUUAGAACCCGUACCUCACCCAGCACUAGUGGUACCCCCUGGCAUGAUGGUGGCCUCAGGCAGGGAGGGUCCCAAAACCUGGGAUCCUUGGGGACUUUCCCUAUGCUGGGAUGACUGGCUGAGGCGUUCCCUGUCACCUGGAACCCAGCCACCCAGUCCUCAUUGCAGUGCUCACAAACUUCUGUCCCUAAUGCUGGCUGGCACUUGGCAUUUUUAUUCAUUUAAUGGAGUGUUUUCCCUGCCCCCUAACACUGGCUCCAAAAGGGAAUGUGUUUGUGUGGAAAAAAAAAACAAGUAUAGAUUAUUCGUUAGAGCUGGAACGUUCUGUGCCUGGGCAGCUGCUCUGCACCCUAAAGGUGUCUGGAAGAUGUGUUUUCUGUCUUAGCCCCACACCCACCCCAGGGAGGACGUGGUGAGAAUUCCAUGCAGGGUGCUGCUGGCCCUGAUUCUGCCCAUGUUUAUUGAGCACCUGCUGUAUGCCAGGGCCACAGGGACCCCAGGUCGUUUGAUGGGAGUCCCAGAGAACACCGGAAGGCUUGGGGAUUAGCAGACAGCAGGGAACUAUGGAAGGUUCUUGAGCAGUGGAGGAUGAUGUAAUCAAGUGUCUUCGUCUGAACAGUUACUCAAGCAACAAUCAAUUGCAGAGUUCCUCCUAUGCAAGCCCUGCAGAGGAGUUAACAAGCUGGAUCCACCCUUGCCCUCCCAGAGUUGAGUGGGAGUGAUGUCCAGUAAGUAAGAAAGCAAAAAGAUGACGUUACCAUAGGCAGGGGAAGCUUAGAUGUGUGUGUGUGGGGGGGGGACGCUCUACAUCUUUUAGGGCGGCAAGCAAGGAAUGUUUAUCAGAGCAAGGGCACUUGGCACUGGGUCUUGAAGGCUGAAGAGGAGUUCUCUAGUCCAAGUUCCCUGCCAACAGCUAGAAGGCAGGAGAUCUAUCCUUUAGGUUCCCAUCAGAUACACUUGCCUCGGUUUCCCCAGAGUGCACACGAUGUUGGAGCACACACAGAUGGGUUGGUAUGGGUAGACAUUUCUAACUGAAGGUGAGGGGCUGCUGUGUGACCAUGGAGACAAGUCCUGAACGCUCUUGGGUUGCAGUGUUUCUGACUGAACAAUGGGCCACAUUCCCAGGCAGGAGGGGGUGUCCUGGAGUAAAAUGGCUGUGU